UUUUCCAACCGCGCGAAUUGAGCAUUAUCCAUCCAAAACUCCGAAGGGAACGGCAACGCCCCUCGCUCGCCGCCGCUUCACCCGCGCCGCCGCUUCCUCUCCGGAGGCCAGUAGUGUCCACGCGAUGGCCGCGUGCGCCGCUCGCUGCCUCUUCCUCUUUCCCCUCCUGCCCCCGAAGUUCCCGCUGCCUCAUCCUCCACUCAGGCGGCAGCGCGGGGGCGGGGCCUGCAUUGGUGCUGCCCGCUGCAGCCCCGAGGCCAGCGGUGGGUGGGGAGGCAUUGUCGAGGACGACCUUACUGAACUUCUGCAGAUUCUACCAAGAGAUUUACGAGAUAAUCUGCAGAAUGAACCUAGAAAGGACCAGCUGUUGGAGGUCGUUCUGGAUUUGGGGAGACGACCAGAGGCACGUUUCCUUGGUGACUCUGGUGGACAAUACCUAAGGGACAGUGAGAUCUCACAACAAGAGUUGGAGGCAGCGCAGCAAGCUGUAGGUGAGUUUGGAGGUGACAACCGUGCAGGAAUUGAAGGUACUUUACAUAGAAUAUCUGCUAUAAGGAGCAGAAAAGGAAUGGUUGUUGGUUUGACCUGUCGAGUUGGCCGAGCUGUUACUGGACAUGUUGAUAUGGUCCGUGAUCUCCUAAAUUACAAAGAAAGCAUUCUGUUUUUGGGAAGGCCUGGGGUAGGCAAGAUAACUGUUAUGCGUGAGAUUGCACGUGUUCUAGCAGAUGAAUUUCAGAAAAGAGUGGUAAUUGUGGACACAAGUAAUGAGAUUGGUGGCGAUGGGGAUAUUCCUCAUGCUGCUAUUGGUGGUGCAAGAAGAAUGCAAGUUCCUGAGCCAUCAAUGCAGCAUAGAGUGAUGAUUGAAGCUGUUGAAAACCAUAUGCCUGAGGUGGUUAUUGUAGAUGAGAUUGGAACUGAAGCAGAAGCACAAGCUUGCCGCUCAAUUGCAGAAAGGGGUGUGAUGCUUAUUGGUACUGCCCAUGGAGAACGGCUUGCGAAUAUCAUUAAGAAUCCGACCUUAUCUGACUUGAUUGGAGGUGUAGAAACUGUUACUCUCGGUGAUGAUGAGGCUCGUGCUCGACGCAGUCAGAAAAGUAUUCUGGAGAGGAAAGCCCCUCCAACAUUCCCAUUCCUUAUUGAGAUGAGGGAGAGACAUCACUGGGUAACUCAUCGGACAGAAAGGAGUGUGGAUAUGCUACUUCAUGGAAAGAAGCCACUGGUUGAGGUAAGGAAAAGGGAUAACGAAUUUCAAGUUGUUAUUGAAAGAUGGGCAACAUAUGAUGGAGAUGGACUCUUAACUACAUGGUCACAAAUUAUAAUUUCUUCUAUCAAACCACGUGCUAUCAUCUAUACCGAGCCUCUUGUUCUGAGGUGGUAUGGGCUGAUCCUAAUCCCAAAAGUUUCCGAUGGUCUUGGUAUUCUGGUAAAGCUACUGACACUACACAUUUAGAUGGUGAAUUAAAAAAAACAUCUUUGGUCUACUACAUGGUGAACAUUUGACUGAUACCUAUGCCAGACUUCUUGUUACAUAUUAAUACACUGCAGAUAACUUCACACUAAUUAGGUAGAAGGUACUAUUUCGUGUCUGUAUCAGGUAUUGCUAGCAUUCUGUUAAAUUGCUGUACCAAUUUGAAUGUAUAUUAUCAGGUAUUGCUAGCAUUCUGUUAAAUUGCUAUACCAAUUUGAAUGUAUAUUUCGAUCUAUGUAUUUUCUUCUCAAAAAGGAAAUCCAUGUAUACAUCCAAAUUGUAUGAUGCGUACUUAUCAUUUUAGUUGUUCCUAAUAUACUCGUUCUCAUUUUCUAUUAUACAGUUUGUCUACAUUAUUGAGAAUCCCAAGAUUUUCAUUCUCCUAUUCUGUUCCUUGUUUAGGGGUUAAGGUGUUUUGGAUUUAAGAGUUCUUUUAACCCCAACGUCCCACACAGCCUGCAUGUCUUCUUGGUUUCCGCCUUUUGUAACUCGGGAAAAUUAUUCCAAUGGGUCCAUGGCUCAACCUUUUAGGCCCAUGGGUUGAUGAUGGAUGAUCAGAUCCAGUUGAGGACUGGAUCCACAAGCAGCGAUGGGAUGGGGUCUGGGGAAGCCUGCUGAAGUUUCGUGCAGUUGAAAGUAAAAGAGAAGCUUGUGUUCUGAAAUCUGACAUCCUCUUUCUGCAAUGCGUUUGUUAGGCCUGUGCUAGCAGCAACAGCAAUGUGAACUCUGAUGAACACCUAAUUUCUGCUGCAUUUGACAGUUGAGACGCCCACUGGUGCUUGAGAUUUGCAGUUCUUGUUUGCAGAGAAGUCUGUUGCGUUUUGCAGAGAGAAGAAGGGGUCAUGGUGGGUUAGCUCAGCGGUUGACAUCAGUUCGUAACUGCCAUGGCCACAUUUGACAUUGAGAUGAAGAGGCUUUCCCGAGUGGCCAAGCGUGUGUGCCGCCGGAAUCGGAUGGUUAAGCUUACUGACGUGGCAUCGCCACUGCACAGAUGGAGUGGGGAGUAGUAGAGCAGAGAGUACCAACAGCAUCCGUCCUUGGCAUGGCAGAGCCUCACAUGCGUGCAUGAUUCAGCAGCUGUACUGUACUGCACUGUACUGUGCCCACAGCAGAGGGCCUCUGUGUGUGUGUGCUGUGCCUUCCUUGGAGUCCACUCCUAGUAAGCUGGAGAGCGCGACUCAGUCAACUGUGGAUACACAUGCAUGGUGGUCAUUGCAAAGUACGUACUUGAUCAGAGGAAUGGGUCUUUAUUUGUCCUUGAUCAGUUUGUAUCCUUUAUUUUUCGUAAAAAGUUUGUCAAUUGUAUGUGAAA